UCCGGUCCGUAUCCGAAUAUUUGAUUCUAUUUAUAACCUUAUUUAAUUUUAUAUAGCACUCAUAAAUUUUUUAAGAAAAAUAAAUGACCACAUUAACAUGCUAGCAACUUGACUUAUCACACACUUAGAAAUUAUUUUGAUUUUGUGGUCAUAAAGCUUUAUUAUCCGAUUUAUAUCCAAUUAUUUAUAUCUAGAGUUUUAGUAUCCAAUUUUUAUCUACAUCCGUUUAAAACAAAUAUAGAUAUAAAUUUUUACAUCCUAUUAAUAUCCGUAUCCGUAAUUAUAUUCAUUAAAUAAAAUAAAUAUGGAUAUGGAUCCAAUUGGUAUCCGAUUUCAACCUUAGGAGGAAAUCAACUUAUAUCUAGAUUUUUUUUUUUUUUUUUGGGUGAACUCCUAAAAAAAAUACUUUGAUAUCCCCAGCUGCAAUGCCGAACUGCCUAUGGUUUUGACUUGGGGCCCUCCUCAAGCACCUGAAAUAAAGUCAACUCACAGUUCCCUCCAUCCACUAAGCCAAAGUCAAAUCUAGAGUUGUUUGUUGAGAGACAAAAUUUAGUCCAAACCUAAACAGACCGCGCACGGCUCUCCAGAAUGACAAAACCAAAAAGGAACAAAGGAAACCAUCCCAAUUACGUGCAUCCCACAACCAGCUCUUUCAAAUACCCACCGCCACCGCCACCGCCACCACCGUCCUACCACCACCCACAUCCAUGACAGCUUCCCCUCCGCCAUCCUCACAAUGCCGCCACCAUCACCGCCGCCGCACUCAUCCAGCUCCGUCGUGCCUGCAGGCUGUCCUGAACGGAGCCCUCCGCGUCCACCGAUCACCCUCCAACCUUCCAAAAAGAAGCGGCCUGCCAAGGCCUCCAGGGCCCUCCGAGCGAUCCGAUCGCUCUUCCGCUCCUUCCCCAUCCUCAACCCAGCGUGCCGGCUUCACGCCGCACUCCCAAGGGGAGGACGGCCAUACGAAGGCCACAUUCAUGGCGCCACCCGCACCACCGGCACCCUCUUCGGCCACCGCAAGGGCCGCAUCAACCUCGCCAUCCAAGACAGCCCCAGGAGCAUCCCCAUGCUCCUGCUCGAGCUCGCCAUUCAUACCUGCAGGUUCAUGCAGGCGAUGAGCUCCGACCACCUCCGGAUUGCACUCGAGUGCGAGAAGAAGGCUGCCGACAAAACCAUGCUCCUUGACGAGCCCCUGUGGAUUGCAUACAUCAAUGGACGUAAAAUUGGGUAUGCCAUCAAGAGGGACCCUAGUGAGAACGAUCUCGAUAUCAUGCAGCUGCUCCACACGGUGUCUGUAGGUGCCGGCGUCCUCCCCGGCGAUAUGACGGACCCAGCCGAUGGGGAGAUGACAUACAUAAGGGCGCACUUCGACCGGGUGGCCGGAAGUAAGGAUUCAGAGACACUUUACAUGCUAAACCCUGACGGAAACACUGGCCCAGAGCUUGCCAUCUUUUUUGUUAGAAUCUGAUACUUCUGAUAAGUAAUGAGCUCCUAAUAAUUCA